UUAAGAAGCAAGGUAGACUAAAUAAUAACUGAAAUUUUUGGGGGGUCGUAGCUUUAGGUCGAUUUAGGGGUCGUAGCUUUUGGGGUCACAGGUUUUAGGUAUUAGGUUUUAGGUCUUCGUUUUGUAGACACCCGGAGUCAAAGGCUGGCCUGACGAUAUUCGAGAUAAAGUUAUCGAAGAACGCAAAAAGUACGGCGAUUUGGAAUUUCUCCCUACAUCUAAUGGUUACUGGUACGGCCAUCGUUACUUGUGGAUGCUGUUUUGGGCAUUUGAGCCCUACGACUUCGACUUUUUUCUCAAGACCGAUGACGACUAUUUCGUGUGCUUGAAUAACCUCGCCAACGACUUGCAAUACAGGAAAAACGAGAAGUACCUCUACUGGGACUGGCUUGGAUGCGAUCCUAGUAUGGUGGCGAUGGAUUCUGGACUUUUAAUUCUCGGGAAGGACCUAACGAGCGAGUUUGUCAAGCGAAAUGACACGCUAAUUUUGUCAUCCCAUGGCCGGGCAGAUGAUUGUUAUGUUCAUAAUGAAUUAGAAGACGAUAAAUACGAUGUAACCUAUUUCGCAGAUAACUCGCGCUUGGUGCAUUACAGAAGUGAUUUGAAGGACAGAUUGAAUGACAAGCUGUGCUCAAACUUAAUAGGAAUUCACCAGGCUUAUCCCAAGUACAUGAGAGAGUACUUGAAUUACGUUAAAGACAACUGGUAUAACACAUCUUUCGCUAAAGUCGUACGUAAACCGUACGGGGAGUACUGUGCUAGGCCGAAGGGCUGGGAUUGGACAGUGCUGAAUCCUUUUUGGAAACACGAGCCUAAACCUUGUUGGGCACCCAAAACGGAUUGGCCAGAGCUUCACAAAUAUAAGAUGCAUAAAAGGCAGAGAAGACAAAAGAUGACUUUGGCAGCGCCAUCAUUGCCAUCCUCGGGGACCCAGGGCGUCGCGGAGAUCGGGCACACAGGGAGCGCGCGAGAAAAAAAAAGAGCACUAGUGCCCUUUCUUUCUCAUUGCAGGCAAAGCUUGGCUGGGGGGGGGGGGGGGACUGCUUUUUAUUUUGGUAACCGCCAUAUGGCCUGA